CUGAAAGAAGUGAAAAAUACUGCUGGGUCAUCGCAGCACUUUGCAGGUUUGCCAAAAUUUUCACUGACAUGGUUCGGUUAUUUGACUCAUGACGAUACCAAACUACUUUACCGUAGCGACUAUGCAAUGUACGACUUUUUCCUGAAGAAUAGAGACACGUUGAACAACUCUUUCAUAUUCUUCUUUGGUGAUCAUGGGCCACGAUUUGGUUUGGUAAGAUCUUUCCAUUUUUAA